GAGCCCAGGGCUGCGCAGUCCGACGCGGACCGGGGCGUGAGCGAGCCACCCGGACUUGCUGCAGCGCGGAGCCAAAGCCAAGCCAGCAGCACAGGCGUCUUCCGAGACUCGUCUUCUGAGGAACCGCUCCGGAAAACACUGUCCUGGUCCAAACCCGUCACUGGACAGGGGACUCUGGGACCUGAAGGAUGGGGGCGGCCUGCAUCAAAGUCACCAAGUACUUCCUCUUCCUCUUCAACCUGCUGUUCUUCAUCCUGGGCGCGGUCAUCCUGGGCUUCGGCGUGUGGAUCCUGGCCGACAGGAGCAGCUUCAUCUCAGUCCUGCAAACCUCCUCCGGCUUCCUCAAGACGGGCGCCUUCGUCUUCGUCGGCGUGGGGGUGGUCACCAUGCUCAUGGGCUUCCUGGGCUGCCUGGGUGCUGUCAACGAGGUCCGCUGCCUGCUGGGGCUGUACUUUGCCUUCCUCCUCCUGAUCCUCGUCGCCCAGGUGGCCGCCGGGACCCUCUUCUACUUCAACGUGGGCCAGCUGAAGCAGGAGAUGGGCGACGUGGUGGGGAGGCUCAUCCGGACCUACAACGCCAGCGGCCAGGACAACCUGCAGGAGGCCUGGGACUACGUGCAGGCGCAGGUGAAGUGCUGCGGCUGGGUCGACUUCCACAACUGGACGGACAACGCGGAUCUCAUGAAUCGCACCGAGCUCACCUUCCCCUGCUCCUGCCAGGCCACCGGGGACGAGGAUGACCCAUUGUCCCAGAAGAAGGGCUUCUGCCAGGCACCGGCCAACAGCACAGCCAACAGCACCACCAGCAGCCCCGGGGGCCGCAACGACCCCGAGCUCUGGCCUGUGUACAAGGAGGGCUGCAUGGAGAGGGUGCAGGCGUGGCUGCAGGAGAACCUCGCCAUCAUCCUGGGCGUGUGCGUGGGUGUCGCUGUCAUCGAGCUCCUGGGGAUGCUGCUGUCCAUCUGUCUGUGCCGGCACAUCCAUUCUGAAGACUACAGCAAGGUCCCGAAGUACUGAAGCCUCUGCCGUCUCACCUCCUUGCUGGUCUCCGAGCUCAGGCCUCCGGGGGGUCUCCUGGCUCCUUCUGCCCCCCACCCAACUCUCUAGGCCCCCUGUCCUGGGCUGGCAGGGAGUGGGGGCUCUCUGGGCCUGGCCCCCUCACUGCCUCUCUGCUUCCUGAUUGAGCCCUGGGGGCUCUGGCCUUCUGCUUCCUGCUGGGGGGGGCCUCUUAGCAACGCGGUGACAGGCUCCCGUGGCCCCCAGCCUGCCUCUCUGCCUCCCCCAGGCCGAGUGUAUCGACGGAGGACAGUGCGUCAGAAACCGGGGAGGUUGGACCAGGCUCCCUGGGACGCCAGGACUGUCCCCUGGGUGGCCGGCUUUCCCCACGAUGACGCUCAUGUCUGGUCUUUCACAUUUGACUGAAGGUAGUGGUGGAGGUUGGCCUCCCCGUCCCCAGGCCUGUCGCGGUCCCAGGCGGGCAGCCGGCUCAGCAGGCCGUGCUCGGGCAGCGCUUGGCCAGUCUGGGUGGGGAGGAGCCGGGGACUGGGCAGAGCGGGGCUGGCCUUUCUUGGCAGC